AUGCAAAUAUCAUCUUCUCCGUCGGGUCUCCCAGUGAUGAUUCAAGGCUUAGAUCUUACCACUCUCAAAUCGUUGCUCUAUGAUUCCUCUUCAAAAUUUCCAAUCAAGCCUCUGAAUGCUCGCUAUUCUCAAUUCAGAAUUGAGAAAGUGGCGUCAUCACCACAACAUGCAGAUGAUGCAUCUCCAAAAAAAGAAAUUAUUCAUAAUUGCGAUGAUGGUAUUAAUGAACCAGAUCAACAACAAUCAUUUGUAGUAUAUUUACAUAACGAAAAGCAAGUAGAUACACUGGUGAGAAAAAUUGAAGCCAACCAUCACGUACGAUCUGUUGAUUCAAGUUCUUCUUCACGACGGUCCGAUCGGACACAACCACCUUCUCCUCAAUUACAAGUUACGUCCAAACAACAAAUAUACCUUAAACGAUUAUAUAAGGAGGAACAAACACCUGUGCUAAAACGAAAAUCAAAUUCAUUGCUUACCUAUCAUAAUUAUGAUGCCCUAACAGCCAAAUUAACUGACCUUCAUCAACAAUACAAGAACAUGACUAGCCUCUUCUCCAUUGGAAAAUCAGUGGAACAGCGAGACCUGUGGGUCUUUAAAUUAUUUUCAAACACUACCAUCGGAACACCUGAUCAAGCAGCCAAGUUAGGAUAUCAAAAGCCUAAAUUCAAGUACAUUGCCAACAUGCAUGGAGAUGAAACAGUUGGAAGAGAAUUGUUGUUAUAUUUGGCUGAGUAUUUAUUGGCCAUGUAUCAACAAGGAGACGAUCGAACACGAAAGUUAUUAGAUUUUAUGGACAUUUAUCUCAUGCCAUCCAUGAAUCCUGAUGGCUUUGAAAAUGAUGAUCGAUACAAUGCGAAUGGAAUUGAUUUAAAUCGAGAUUUUCCAGACCAAUUUGUAGCUAGCUCACUCUCAAAAACCUAUCAACCAGAAACCAAGUCUGUUAUGGAUUGGCUUUCAAAAGAGAAAUUUGUUCUUUCCGUGAAUUUUCAUGGAGGUGCUGUUGUUGCAAGUUAUCCUUAUGAUUCUGUUUCUCCAACUGUUUCUAAUGCUGAAUCUGCUUACUACAGUGCAAGUCCAGAUGAUGAAUUUUUCAAAAUGGUUGCUAAAGCUUAUGCAAAUGCUAAUCCUGACAUGAAAAACAGCCAAGAAUUUACAGGAGGUAUUACCAAUGGCGCUUAUUGGUAUGUCUUGUUUGGGGGAAUGCAAGAUUACAAUUAUUGGAGCAAUAAUUGUUUUGAAAUUACAGUGGAAUUGAGUGAUAUUAAGCAUCCACCAGAAUCUCAACUUGAUAGUUUUUGGAAUGCCAACAAAGAAUCUCUUCUAGUGUAUAUGGAACAAAUGAAAUAUAUGGUUAUGGGAGUUGUGACUGAUUCUAAAGGAAGCCCAGUUCCAAAUGCAAUUGUAAAAGUAGAAGGAAACUCGAAAACAAUUACUACCGACUCAUCAGGCGUUUUCUUUCGACUGUUAACACCAGGUAAUUAUACUCUAACAGUGUCACAUCCAGCCUAUGGAGUCAGUAUGAACAAAAGCAUUGAACUUCCUUCAGAUACGCACUUUGGCAAUCCACCCACUGCAUAUUUCAGUCUCCCUUCAUCAGCUUCAAAUUCUCUGCGCCCAUCCAAUCCUUUUUUUCUCAAUAGCAAAGAAAGCAUCAUCGUUUCAUCCACCACGUGCAACCUCAUUGGUUGCAAGCUUGUUGAACAACAUUUGGUUGUCAAUUAUGGUAUCAGUGAUCUCUAUGGUGGUUAUGGCCUCUGA